AAAGGUGAGCCGCCGCCUUCCUCCCCUAACUGCAGAGAGGCGAGGAGCACGAGGCCCUCCUCCGUCCCGACGCCCCCCGCGAGUCUGCUGCGCCUCAGGCUGGACCCGGGACCCCCGCGCCGGGCGAUCUCCCGCGGCGGGGUGGGGCCACGUGACCUGAGGCACCCGGACCUCGCUUCUACGCGCUGGGCAGUCAGAGUGCAGGGCCCCAGCGGCCCGGUGCGCCGGGCUCCUCCCUGCCCUGUCCCUCACAGGACCCGAAAAAACAGCGGAGAGCCGCCCUGGUCAACUGCUCAGAGACCCCAGUGGAGAGGCUGGUGAGAACUGGAGAAGCAGCAGUGAUGGAGAACAGCCUGGACCUCUCCAAGCUCACGGACGAGGAGGCCCAGCACGUGUGGCAGGUGGUACAGCGGGACUUCGCCCUGCGGACGCGGGAGGAGGAAAGGCUGGCGCAGCUGAAGGGCAAGAUUAGGAAGGCGAACUCUAAGAGGGAGCUGCUCUCCGACACGGCCCAUCUGAACGAGACGCACUGCGCCCACUGCCUACAGCCCUACCGGCUCCUGGUGAACAGCAAGCGGCAAUGCCUGGACUGUGGCCUCUUUGCCUGCAAAAACUGCAGCCGUGCCCACCCGGAGGCACAGGGCUGGCUGUGCGACGCCUGCCACCUGGCCAGGGUGGUGAAGAUCGGCUCGCUGGAGUGGUACUAUGAGCACGUGAGAGCCCGCUUCCAGCGGUUCGGGAGUGCGAAGGUGGUGCAGUCCCUGUGUGGGCGGCUGCGGGGUGGAGGUGGACAUGAGCUCAGCCCCGGAGAGAAAAGUGGGGACAGUGAGCAGACAGAAGAGGAUGGACAGCCGGACACAGGGGCCCGGGCCCAGCCCCUUGGCAGCAAAAAGAGGCGCCUCCUUUCCUUCCAUGAUCUGGACUUUGAGGAGGACUCAGACAACUCCAUGGAGCCUCACAGCCGACCCCUGAGCCUGCCCUCAGUCCUAAGGGCCACAGACAGCCUGCAGUGCCUCCCAGGUGACCUCCACUCAGCUGACGCCACUGGGAGCCCACAGGAGGAAGACGCCGGGGCCUCGGGGUGCCAACCCCAUGCCUUGGAGCAGCCAAAUGGCCUCUCACCCUCAGGACAGGACGCCCCUGCGGAACUCUGCUUGCCUGCAGACCCCAACGCUGCAGCUUUGCGGAUGGCUGUGGUACCUGAGACAAGUGCCACCAGGAAGGGGCGGCUCCCCACACAGUACCUGGCUGACGUGGACACCUCCGAUGAAGACAGUGUCCACAGAUCCAGGGCGACUUCGCAGCAUCCCAAGCGGAGAGGCCGGGCUGCACUCAAGACCCAGCCUCCAGGUGAUGAAGCAGUGCACACAGAGGCCGACCUGGAGGAGGAGAGUCUGAGGCAGCAGCUGCAGGCACUGACCAGCGCCCUCAGUGACCAGAGUGCCUCAUCCGAGGAGGAAGAGGCUGAGGGCGUGGCAUCCGAGGCAGCAGCAGAGGUGAGCACAGCUGCUGGCCUCACAGACAGCUGGGACAGCAGCCCACCAGGCCGGGGAACCUCCACCCCACCCAGCAGGACCACAGACGAGGCACUGCUGGAGCUGGAGGACAGAGUGGCUGCAGCAGCCUCCGAGGUGCAGCAGGCAGAGAGCGAGGUUUCGGACAUCGAGUCCAGGAUUGCAGCCCUCCAAGCUGCGGGGCUCACAGUGAAGCCCUCGGCCAGGCCCCGGAGGAAGUCAAACCUUCCGAUCUUCCGGCCCCGACUGGCAGGGACCCUUGGCAAGAGUUCUGAGGAUCAGAAUUCAGACCCUGCAGAGGAGGGCAAGGCGGCAGCUGAGCCCUGUCUUCUCAGGAGAAAGCACUCCCCGAAAGCUCCUGGCAAAGAUGAGGAGCCCUUCGAGCGGAAGUCACUGUACCGUGGCUCUCUAACACAGAGGAGCCCCAGCGGCAGGAGGGGCAUGGCCCGCCACCUCUUCGCGUCACCACCCCUGACAGCAAUGGGAAGAAGACCUGCCGCUGUGCACUCCCGGCUGCCAAUGCCCACAGCCCAGACCCCAGCUGCUCGCCGGAUGCCCAGCUGAGCUGGGAGAGCUGGUGUGACCAUCGGAAGGAUGCUACCGUCUUGGGCUGUGGGAGAAACAGGGUGACCUCUGUCCCUGUGGUCUACUGACCAUCUGCAGUUGGCUGUGCUGGGUGGAACAGGGAGGUGAUAGGUUGGGCAGAUAUGAGCACAGGUUUGUGGCAGUGAGUGGGGCUCUAGGCAUCAUCCAGGUGACUGCACAUGGGCCCCACUGGGCACCAAGGAGUAGAACCUGCCUGCCCCAUGAGCCCGUUCUGCAAGCCCCAUGGCCUCGGGCAGGAACAGCUGCACCGCUCACCACAAGCUCCCCGAGUCUCCCCCAUCACCCCCAGGGGCACUCCCUGUCCAAGCUUCGGGGACACCAUCUGAACAGUGGCCCAUGACUCAUACUUCAAAAAUAAACUUUGCCAA